AUGCAAGCCUUCAACAUCAAGAAGGAGUUGGCCAACAAGACCAAGGAGGCUGUUGGCUUGCAGAAGGCCAUUAACAGGGCUGAGGCCAAAAUGAAGACUCUAAUGAAGCAGGCCGAGGAGAAAGCAGGGGCUGCCGAGGCCAUUGCCAAGGUCCUCGAGGCCGAAAAGAAAGAGGCUGAGGAAAAGACCGCUGACGCCCAGGCCGAACUCAUUGCUGCCCUAGCCACCAAAGAUGCCGAGAUCAAGGCCGCAGACGAGAAGGCGUACGCCGAGGAGGCAGCCGACGUCAAAGAAGACUACAAGAGACAAGUCAGGCAGUUGGAUGUCCCUGAGGACUCUCCCCUCAAAGAUGCAGGCAACCUCAUCCUGUUAUUCCCUCCUACUCCAAGCCAAUCUGAGGACGAGGCUGAGUCCGAGGAGGAAGCUGAGGCCGAGAAGAAGAAAAAAGAAGCUGUUGGGGUUAAGUCCCUUACUGUGAAUAAGCAAGUCGUAGACUUGUCUCAGGAUGAGGAGGACGAGGUCUCAAAGGGUGCCUCUGCCGAGAAGACAUCAUUUGAGGUGCCUAUCGCCGAGAAGAGCCUCAACAAGACUCUUAAAGAGAUCGACGCUGAGCUCGCAGCUGAUAAGGCCGCUGAGAAGAGUUCACAGAUGUCCUUCGAGCCCCAGACCCAACCAGCCAAUGACGCUGAAUAG